AUGUCUCAGCGCCUACAGACUCAUAAAAUACCACUGUCCCACUGGUGCCCCGAGACGCGCAUGCUGGGAGUUGGCGCCCCAGGGGGUGAGGCAGGGACCUGGAGGGAACCUCCAGCCCCAGCUCCCGGCCCCCAGAUUGACGGUCCCGGCCUGGCUCUGCCCCGGCAGGCAGGCAGGCAGGUCCUCGAUGAGCUGGAGACCGAACUGGAGCGGGAGGGGAAGGGCUGGGGAGAAGGAGGCCGCUCCUGCUGUUCUGAUGGGAUCUCAUACACUUCAGACCCUUCCCCGUCCCCUUUCUGCUCCCCACCUUCCCUCUACCAUGUGCUCCCUCGUCCCUGCUGGUCCUGCUGCUGUCUGCUCCUCUUUUUCUCCCUGGGAGUCCAGGGGUCCCCAAAGGCUCCCAGCGUUGCCCCUGAGCAAGUCCACCUGUCCCACCCAGGGGAGACAGGCUGCAUGACUGUAACUUGGACCACAUGGGUCCCACCCCCCUUGGAAGUGCAGUUGUUUGGGCUGCAGCUAUGGGGGCCCCUGCCCCUCCGGGCUCAGGGCACCUUCAGCCCCUUUGUGGAUGGGGGCAUUCUCUGGCGGAUGAGAUACAUACACCGACGAGUCACAAUGCAGGGGCUGCUGCCCAGGGUCCAGUAUGUUUACCACUGAGGCGGUACUCAGGGCUGGAGCCGUCGGUUCCUCUUCAGGGCCCUGAAGAAUGGGCCCCACUGGAGCUCCUGUUUGGCUGUGUUUGGGGGCAUAGGGACUGACAAUCCUAGGGCCCUACCCCAACUGUGCAGGGACACCCAGCAGGGCAGGUACGACGCUGUUCUUCACGUGGGAGACUUUGCCUACAACAUGGAUCAGGACAACGCUCACGUCAGGGACAAGUUCAUGAAUCUCAUUGAACCUGUGGCCGCCAGCCUGCCAUACGUGACAUGUCUUGGGAAUCACGAAGAACGCUACAACUUCUCCAACUAUAAAGCUCGCUUCAGCAUGCCAGGGGAUAGCAAAGGCCUGUGGUACAGCUGGGAUCUGGGCCUGGCACACAUCAUUUCCUUCUCCACUGAGGUACAUUUCUUUCUCCAUUACGGCCACCUGGUAGAGAGACAGUUUCGCUGGCUGGAGAGCGGCCUCCAGAAAGCCAAUAAGAACCCGGCAGCCCCGCCGUGGAUCAUUACCAUGCCCAUGUACUGUUCUAGUGCUGAUAUGGAUGACUGCACCUGGCAUGAAAGCAAGGUUCGUAAAGGCCUCCUCGGCAAGUUCUACGAGUUGGAGGAUCUUUUCUAUAAAUACGGGGCGGACCUGCAGCUGUGAGCUCACGAACACUCCUAUGAACGCCUGUGGCCAAUUUACAACUACCAUGUAUUUAACGGCAGCUGAGAGAUGCCCUACACCCACCCUCGAGGCCCCGUCCACAUCAUCACCGGAUCUGCCGGUUGUGAGGAGCGGCUGACCCCCUUAACCCUCUUCCCGCGGCCCUGGAGCGCCCUGCGCAUCAAAGAGUACGGGUACACACAGCUACACAACCUCAAUGGGACCCAUGUCCACAUCCAGCAGGUGUCUGAUGACCAGGAUGGGAAGAUUGUGGACGAUGUCUGGGUGGUGAGACCCCUGCUUGGCCCGAUGAUGUACCUCUGGGGAUGGAGACAGCUCUCAUCAGGAACCCUGGGCCUUGCUACCUAG